GAGCUCAGACAAUUAUGUUGGCAAGCCUAUCACUGCAAUUAAGUAAACUAUUUGUCUUGUCUACGUUCUGCAAACAGUAACCUAGCUAUAUUGUAACGUCAGUGUGGGAUACUGUAUCAAUGACUAACUUAUAACAAGAACUGGCUACCACCAGUUGACUCGAUCACCUUCAUAUCUCUGGUUCUCCACUUGCCAGAGUUGGCCAGAUGAGCAACACUGCGCCUGGCCAUUCAUAGUUGGCGUGUGGUAUGAUUGUGUAGCUGUAAUAACAUUCCAUGCGCGCGUAUUCGGUUAUAUAUAUUAGAUGAAAAUAUUAUUAGAUGCCUUAAAGCCUUACUAUUUAGAGUGCUUAAGGAAGUAUCUUUUCAUUUAAUGUUUUGAUGGUUUGUCUUCUAUUAGUUAGGGCCAUAUAUAAUAUCUGCCAGAGCAGGUCAACUGAAAGGUGCAUUCAUGACUUCAUGCGAGUCAAGAGUAGACGGGAUCAAUUCAAAGCCAGUGUGGGCAGGAAACAACAGAAUGGCAUCCCUCCUUGACGAAGCCGGCAAACUAGGCUGGAUUCUAUUCAAGGCGCUAAUACGUUUCGCCUUCAUGUUGUUAAAUAACUGUGUUGCUAUCCCAUCCUAUUGCCUCUACUUAAUUGCGUUGCAACCUUUGAGAAUAAUGGACAGCCGUACUUUCUGGCAAAUCGAAGGACUAAUGUUCAAGUGGCUACUAGCGAUGGUUUCCUCUUGGGGAUGGGUGGCAGGCUACACAGUGACGGAAUGGGGGGACGACGUGAAGCCCAUCUCGGAGGAAGAGGCCAUGGUCAUCGUCAACCACCAGGCCACAGGAGAUGUCUGCACCCUCAUGAUGUGCCUGCAGGACAAGGGCAUGGUGGUGCGGAAGAUGAUGUGGCUGAUGGACCACGUGUUCAAAUACACAAACUUCGGCCUGGUGUCCUUGAUCCACGGUGAUUUCUUUAUCAGACAGGGCAAAGCGCACCGGGACAAGCAGCUGGUGUACCUGAAGGACCACCUGGACAGGUUCUACUACAGCCGCGAGCGGAAGUGGAUCGUGCUCUUCCCCGAGGGCGGCUUCCUGCGCAAGCGGCGGGAGACCAGCCAGGCCUUCGCCAAGAAGAACGAGCUGCCGCACCUGACGCACGUCACCCUGCCGCGCCUGGGCGCCACGCAGGUCAUCCUCAAGACGCUGGGCCCGCAGCAGGAGAACGGCACCCUGGGAGCCGGAGACGCCUCCGCCACCACCGGACCGACAGUAGGCAGUAAAUCCAGGGGUCUGCAGUGGGUGGUGGAUGUGACUAUAGGCUACCCUAAGGCCAGACCCAUGGACAUUCAGACGUGGAUCUUCGGCUACAGGCAGCCCACAGUCACACAUGUGCACUACAGGAUCUAUCCCAUAAAGGAUGUUCCCAUGGAAACCGAGGCCCUGACAGACUGGCUGUAUCAGAGGUUUGUGGAGAAGGAGGAACUCUUGGCCCAUUUCUACAAGACAGGAGCAUUCCCACCCGUCCAUGGUCAGAUGGAAGCAGUGUCGCGCCCCAUGAUCCUUGACCCCAUGUGGCUGUGUGCCGUCCAAACGGGGGCCUUCGCCUCGGGCUACAUGUGGUACAGCCUCCUGCAGCACGCCUACUGCUGGUUCUUCUGAGGGAAGGGGUGGACACGUAGAGGUCGUGGAAAGGAGGACAACCGAAGAGGAGGAGGACGACUGGGAACUGACUGACUGACUGACUGUCCAAACUGGCUCUGGGACGUGUGUCCAGAUCCAAGCAGCCAUUCAUGGGCCUCUGCAUAUCUGUGCUGGACCCUGCCCUGGAUGGAUGAAUGUAUUACCCAUUAGCUGAGAAGCAAGAUGGACUGCUAAAGGACGUCAGGAAUCGUGUUUUAUUGUUUUUAAUUUUUGUUUACUUGUUUUAUGUCUGUUUCCCCCCAGUUUCCUCAAAACACACAUACUGAUUCAGACUAAAAAGAGGGAUGGACAGACACAUCAAUACAAGGACAGACAUAGAAACUAUAGUCUUGUUUACUCACACAUGAAAACAUGUAUUGUUUACAUGAUGACACAUACGUGUGCGCACACACACGUCCUGCAGUUCAUCUUAGAUACACGAACGAGGCUCAAGUUGACUGACAGAGGGUGGACUAACCGGAUUGGACGAACUCACGCUCUCCACUCCCACCCUGGUGGUUUUUUUGUUGUUGUUGUUGUUGUUGUUGUCACAACUUAGGCGUCUUUCAACUCCACCUGAGUUUUCAAAACCUGCCACCUCCACUCUUCUCUCCGUCUCUCCCUCCCUCGCUCCGUCUGUGUGUGUGUGUGUGUGUGUGUGUGUGUGUGUGUGUGUGUGUGUGUGUGUGUGUGUGUGUGUGUGUGUGUGUGUGUGUGUGUGUGUGUGCACCAGCCUGGAGAGCUGGUCCUCGGGCUGCGCAUAGACAUCCUUCUUUAGUCCGCCCCCGUCUGGUCUCAGCUGGAGGGGGACGAGGCUCCCAGUCCAACCUCUUCUUCCGGCUUUGACCUCUCUCUCUCCCCCUCUCCCAGGAGCUGACCCUGGCGUGGGUCAAAGGUCAGAUCAGGGAGCGCUCUGUCCAGGAGUCAGGUGCUUCCUGGGAUUGCACUAAGGACAAAUGCUGCCCAUACCUAGCCCCACAUCUGUGCUUGUCCUGACAUUUCUUUUUUGUUGUUUGGUUUGGUUUUUCGUUGCCCUUGGAUUAAUUGGAUAUGUCUACUGCUUUAAGUUUUUGUUGUUGUUAAUGUUUCUGGAUGUAUUGUUUUCCUGAAUGUUUGUUUGUUUGCUUUGACAGUAUUGUGAACAGAGUAGGCGUUGUUUUGUUUUACACUGGCUGUUGUCUGGCUCUGCAGCGUUUGGGUUUAGGAGUCGUUGUCGUAGUUUUUCUGGGGCGUCUUGGUCUUUCAAGACCGAGACGUCUGGUUUGGAAUACGUCUGUGACCGCGAGUCUCAAGACGGUCUGGUCUCCACAGAGCUGAUGAAGGAACUCACUGAUGGCCUGUGGAACUCCGUCCCCUUAACCCAACCCUAAGCACACACACACACACACACACACACACAUACAAACACAACACACACACACACACACAUUACCAUCAUGAUGACUUGCCCUCAGUUAUAUUUUUGCCUUCAUACACACCCAUACUCUACCACACCACAGCAGAGCCUGUAUGAAGAAGAGUCUGGGACAAGUGAAAGAGACGAAAAAUGGACCGAGUAAUCCUCCCAUCCUCUACCGUCCCCUGUCCCCGACACACACAAAACGCAGACUCCAAAGUUUUUUGCAAAAUGUUUAAGCCAUAUGCUUAGUGUCUGUCUACCGAGAAUCAAUCAUGAUGACGGAGACUUAAACACAAACUGAAUGACCUUGGGAAGAAGACGAACAGAAAGAAGAACCUAAUUUGGCUUUGUUUUUGUUUUUCUCUAGGGGUCAUUACUGUAAAUUUGACAGCAUAACCUGCCUAAAAUGUGUGUGUGUGUGUGAUUGUCUGUCUGUCUCUGUCUGUCUGUCCUCUAUGAUUUGUCCUUUUUUUAUAUGUAUAAAUUAACGACUGGUUGUUCUAUGUUAUAUCAGAGUUUUUUGACAAAUCACCAUUUAGUGGUCCGAUUUUAUUUUCAUUUUAAAAUGACUUCAGAUAUUGUCCUCAAAAGUCACGUGUGUUUAAAAUCUUGUACAUAACAAAAAAAAAGCCGAAGACGACUUCCCCUCAGUGUGACUGCAGCAUUCUCUGUUAUAAAUUAGAAGUUGUAUUUUUUUUAAUAUCAUGAAUGUCGAGGGGGUUUUAAAAAAAAAAAAGGAAAAAAAGAUUGAUCAGGACAAUGACGAUGCAGACUACUUCAGUGAAGAGAAAUUACGCAGACCUGCCUCAGCCUCGAUGUUGACUCACUUACUUGUUGUUUGCCCUUUGACCCGGACGUGUUUAUGUGCCACAGUGAGCAGAGGAGGGCGAGUUUACUGUGAUGCUCUUCACAUGGACCUCAACCACUCUGAAACUCUCUCGUCGCAGGCACGGUCCAGCAAUAACGCCAGAGUCCUGCUGUUCAUCAAAACGGCCUGUUUCGGCAUCACGUGGCGCUAGAUUGUGCUGCAACGGAGAGAAACUCCUGGGAAUAACCAAUAAGUUUCUCCUGCUGGAAAGGGAUGUGUGAAAGAGCAGACUUUGGGUCGGUUCUGACUUGUGUGUGUGUGUGUGUGUGUGUGUGUGUGUGUGUGUUUCUAGUUUGUUCUGUGGUCCUGGUUGUGUCUUUGUGAGGUUUACACUACACUGGAUAUGUGUGUGUGUGGGGGUACAGGCAGGCUGGCAGAUGGGCGAGGCAGCAAACUGCACUGCGAGCAGUCCGUGAACGCCACACUAACUUUCUCUCUCUGUGUCUCGCUUUCUCACUGUUGUUCCUCUCUCCCUCUGCUCUCCCUCCACCCUAUUCUUUCUUUCCCCCUCUCUCCCUCUGCUCUCCCUCCACCCUAUUCUUUCUUUCCCCCUCUCUCUUCUUUCUGUCUCUCCUUCCCUCCCUCUCUAUCUCUUGCUGGGAUUGGGCCAGGCCUCCUUGUGUCCACAAAGCAGGGAAAGAAGAGUUCCCUGUUUUGUUUUUUUCUUCUCUCUCUCUUUCUCUAUUUCUUUCUCUCUCUCACUUGUUUUUUUCCUGCUGUCUUGACAACAAGGACAGGGACAAGAUUAUUUUCCUAGAUAAGGAUUUAGGGAAAAGAGACACAAAUUUAGGAAUUUAACAAAUUUACUCUAGACUUGUCUGUAAUUUUUUUUUUUUUUUUUUUUUUUUCCAUUUUGUACUCCUGUUUCCUUCUCCCUCCCUAGCUGCCCAGCCGUUUUACAGAUGGAAAAAAAAUACCUGUGCUGGAAUAAAAACAAUGAACAAA